UUUGGCCAACUACCAAUGACGCGUACUUUUACGCGCUUGGCCAAUAAGUACUUUUCUGUUUCCCUAUUUUUUCUCGGAAAAUUUCAUCUUCAACUUCACUUUGAUCACUUCAAUGGCUUCCAAAAACCCUAAUUCCUCUUCAAUGUAUCCACAAGUAGUAGUAGUUGACCAAAAUGCCCCUUUUCCUUCAUCUACUUCUCGCCAAAACCUUUACCCAACCAUUGACAUGAACGACCUUGUAGAAAAUCUCUUCCCUCAAAAUGACCAAACUGCCCCUGAGCGACAACAUUAUUCACCAUCUGCCCCUCCUGAAAUCCUUGAAGAAACCCUUCUCGUUAUCCCCGGUUCCAUUCUUCAUUUGAUUGACAAGCACUAUUCCGUUGAACUCGCCAUCGGCGAUUUAUUCCUACAUCGUCUCCGACAAGGGAACAAUAUCGUCGCAGUACUUGUUCGUGUUGGAAAUGAAAUCCAGUGGCCGUUGACUAAGGACCUUGCCGCGGUGAAACUCGAUGAUUCACAUUACUUUUUCUCAUUUCAAGCUCCUAAAGACGAUGAAUCGGAUAAAGAAUCAUCAGUCAGUGACUUGGCAAAUGACUCGUUGAAUUAUGGUUUGACGAUUGCUUCCAAAGGACAGGAGAAAUUAUUGAAGGAGUUGGAUGGUAUUUUGGAAAAUUACAGUAACUUUGCCGUGCAGAAAGUGGAGGAAAAGGCCGCGGUAGCAUUAGGUGGACCGGUGGCGAAGGAGUUGUCACCGGCGGAUUUAAAGUCGGAGAAGAAGAAGGAGGUGUUGGAAGAGAGAUGUGCGGCUUAUUGGACCACAUUGGCGCCUAAUGUGGAGGAGUACAAUGCAACAGCGGCAAAGUUAGUUGCUUCGGGCUCAGGACACUUGAUAAAGGGGAUUUUGUGGUGUGGAGAUGUUACUGCAGAUAGAUUGAAGUGGGGGAAUGAGGUUCUGAAGAAUAGGUUUAAGACAGGUUCGAAGACUGAGGUCAGUCCUGAGACGUUGAAGAGGAUCAAAAGGGUUAAGAGAGUGACAAAAAUGACAGAGAAAGUGGCAGUUGGAGUCCUAUCUGGAGCUGUGAAGGUUUCAGGAUUCUUUACUAGGUCCCUUGCAAAUACCAAAGCAGGAAAAAAGUUCUUUAGCCUCCUUCCAGGGGAAAUGGUUCUUGCCACUCUUGAUGGAUUUAGCAGAAUAUGUGAUGCUGUUGAAGUAGCUGGAAAGAAUGUGAUGUCUACAUCAGGCACUGUGACGACUGAAUUUGUUUCUCACAGGUAUGGAGAAGAAGCAGCUAAUGCAACCAGUGAAGGGCUUGAUGCUGCAGGGCAUGCUUUUGGGACUGCCUGGGCUGCUUUUAAGAUCAGAAAGGCACUGAACCCCAAAAGUGCCUUGAAGCCCAGUGCCCUGGCCAAAUCUGCUGCUAAAGCUGCUGCUACGGCUGCUGCAGCUGAUAAGAAGGCUAAGAGUUCCAAGUAGUCACUUAUUAGUCUGACCUAACCAUUGAAGGUGACUCAAGAUAACCUGCAUUGCCUCUGACCUCUUCAUAUUUUCUUGGAAGUGUGUAUAUAUAAUAGUGAGAGCAUCAACCACCUGCUGUUAACUGUAGGCUUCCUUUCUUUUUUAAGAUUAAGAUUUGGUUAUUUGUUAUGGUGAAUUUGAUGAAUUACCGGACUCGUAACUGUAGGUUUCCAUUCUUUUUUAACAUUAAGAUUUGGUUAUUUGUUAUAGUGAAUUAGAUGAAUUGCUGGACUUGGUGUCAGUAACAACAAUUCACAUCAGUCAUAGUUUAACAAGACUUCCAUCUCCUCA